AUGUUGCCUUUACCGGCUGCGAUACGGUUAAGAGGGGAAAUAGUGUUAAUAGUUGCUUCAAGUGGUAUAACUGCAUUAUUAAUACCAGGAGGUAGAACCGCACAUUCGAGAUUUGGCCUUCCCUUUAUUAUCGAUGAAUACUCCACGUGUAAUGUCAAACCUAAUACCCCGUUGGCUCAGUUGGUAGUCCAAGCAAGAUUAGUAAUAUGGGACGAGGCUCCGAUGAUGCACAAAUUUUACUUUGAAGCACUUGAUCGUUCUUUUAGAGACGUUAGGAAGGAGGUGGACAAGAGAAACAAAUACAUCCCUUUUGGAGGUAAAGUCGUUGUAUUUGGUGGAGAUUUUAGGCAGAUAUUACAUGUAAUUCCUAAAGGCACAAGACCAGAAAUCGUUCACGCUACUAUCAAUUCUUCAAAACUAUGGAGUUAUUGUGAGGUUCUUACCUUGACUAAGAACAUGAGGCUUUUGUUUGGUGCGUCGGUAUUAGACAUUGAAGCAAAAAGAAAAUUUUCAGAAUGGGUUUUAAGUUUAGGCGAUGGACGAAUAGGGGAAGACAAUGAAGUGGACAACACCAUUGCUCUUCCGUCAGAUUUUCUCAUUGAAAGCGCAGGAGAUCCUCUUGCUGCUAUUGUUGAAAGCAUGUAUCCUAACAUCUUGGAGAGCAUGAGUGACAUUUGUUACUUUCAAAAUAGAGCUAUAUUAACAACAAAAAAUUUCAUAGUCGAGAAGAUCAACGACUAUAUGUUGGACAUGGUUCUAGGUGGGGAGAAGGUUUAUUUGAGUUAUGAUUCACCUAUUCAUCGUAACUUAAACGAUGAUCAUAUUGACGAUGUUCAUACACCUGAAUUCCUCAACACCAUCACUGCUUAUGGACUGCCUAAUCACAAAUUAAGGUUAAAGGUUGGUGUUCCAGUGAUGUUGUUGAGAAAUAUAGAUACACGAUAUGGAUUAUGCAAUGGAACCAGAUUGGUUAUCACUAGGAUGGGAAGAUACGUCAUUGAGGGGAGGGUCAUUUCCGGAAGUAAUGUUGGUGAUCAGGUUUUUGUAUCCAGACUAUCUAUAUCGCCUUCAAAUGUAAGGAUUCCCUUUAAGUUUCAACGAAGACAAUUUCCUUUGAAUGUAUCAUUUGCAAUGACAAUUAACAAAAGUCAAGGGUAG